UGCCAUUGUACGUGCCCAAUCGCCGUAUACUCUCCGCAUUUAACUUUGAUGACAUUUUUAUUUCAUCAUUAGCAUCUGGCGCCAGACUGACGCAGUGAGCACUGUCCCAUUUUCAGGAGGAUCUCUUUGCGGACCGAAUGCAAGUUUGUUUUUGAUUUUUACUUUAUUUUCUGUUUAUUGCAGGCAAUCACCCGCUAACGUAGAUGAAUAGUUUCAAACAUACAUAUUAUUUUAAGUGUAUGUUAAGCUUCUCAUAGCAGACGUAUUGGUGAUCAUUUUAAAGACGCGCCGGAGGACGCCACUAUACCUCAGAGCAAAAACAUUUUGAGACGUGUGUUUAUGGUGUGAGACUCACGGACCACCGACUCCCAGCAAUGCCCGAGACAGCGCAAGAGAACGCCACUCAACCCAAAGAAUCCCCCUUUUCCAUCAAAAACCUUCUGAACUGUGACAGCAAGCCUUCCAAGCCAAAAAACCCCUUCACCCCGACGAAAGCGGCCUUGGAAGGAGCCGGUUUCGCUCUGUCUCAAGUUGGGGAUUUGAGCUUUCCUCGAUUUGAGAUACCAACUCAGAGGUUUUCACUUCCUGCGCACUAUUUAGAAAGGGCGCCCGCCUGGUGGUACCCCUACACCCUGGCAUCGGCUGGUCACAUCCCCCGGAAUGAAGUUUCUGAAAAGGCCAGUAUUCGAGACCUGUCUCCGAGCUCAGGCACCGAUAGAGAUUCGCCAGAUCCCGGACUCAAAUCCGAUCUGGACACCAAAGAGGACGACUCAAAUAAGAGCACUGAGGAAAUCGUCCUAGAGGAAAGCGAUUCCGAAGAACCCCUGAAAGAAGAUUCCAACCCUGAAGAUCUCAAGAAAAGGGAAGAAAGUCCUGACAAAAAGCCAUGUAGGAAGAAGAAAACGCGGACGGUGUUUUCUCGCAGCCAGGUGUUUCAGCUGGAGUCGACCUUUGACAUGAAGCGGUAUCUGAGCAGCUCGGAGAGGGCCGGACUCGCCGCCUCGCUGCACUUGACAGAGACACAGGUCAAAAUCUGGUUUCAGAACAGGCGCAACAAGUGGAAACGGCAGCUGGCGGCCGAGCUGGAAGCGGCCAACUUGAGCCACGCAGCUGCGCAGCGGAUAGUAAGGGUGCCAAUCCUGUACCAUGAGAACUCGGCAACAGAAACUGGCAAUUCCACGGGCACCGCCCCCGUGAGUCAACCGCUGCUAACCUUCCCGCAUCCCGUUUACUACUCGCACCCAAUUGUCACGUCGGUGCCGCUACUAAGACCCGUCUGAGAACUUUUCUAUUCCCUCUAAUUAUUACUAUUAUUAUUUUUGUAUAAAAAUCGAAAAUAAAUAAAGCAAGGUUUGUAGUUUCCCAAAGCCAAGAGGAGCAGCUAAUCAUUCUCGGUAAUGUUUUGUAAGUACCGAAUAAUUUGUGCAAUUCAUCACUGACGCCAGUUAUUUGAUGUUGCUGAUGUUGUGUGUGUUUAAUAUGUAUUUAUAUUACCCUCCUACCUUUCAAAGAUCCAUUGUUAAACAUACAUUAUCCUGUUAGUUUAUUUUAUUUUAAUAAAAGUACAUCAAUAUGAUUUUGUUAUACAGCUUCAUGAAAAUAAUGACAUUUUGGGUUCAGUAUGUGGACUGAGUUAAUACUUGCCAAAAUAUCUACAGUAGUCGAAAAAAAUAACUUCAUAUCGACGUAUUUUCAACGUGUUAAACGGGAUUUAAUAAUAUUCCUUCUGCAAGUCUGUUUUAUAGACUGUUUUUAAAAGCAAAAAUAAUACGACUAAGUCAUACAAUUUAAGGCAGACUUACGUACAUGUGUCUAUUUUCUUUUGUAUCUUUUAUUUUUGUACAAUGGUGUCUAGACUGAAAAGGACAUGAGUGAAAGUGACCUAACUUAUUGAAUUUUGUAGAAGAUUGUACUUAUUAUUAUUAUUAUUAUUAUUAUUGAUAUCCCCAUUUGUUUUUUCCCAAAGGUUUGUUAGUUUGACUAUUGCAGAUGUGAUAAAGGCAGUUAAUUGUACCUUGAGUCUUGCUAAACAAGAAACAGAAUCUUGUACUAUUUCUUUUAAUUCUUCGCUUCUUUACUUAAAAUGUGUGCAAUAUUGUUAAAGCCUUGUUCAAUUCCAAUUGAGAAUAUUAGCUGUAAAAUAUGUCAUCGACGGACUGGACUACUGCAGGGCUCAUGUACUUUACUGCAUACUGUACGCUUUAGCAGAUUUUAAGUUCAGGCUCUUUAACCGAAGGACAAUCAAAAACUUUAUUUUUUAUUUAUUUAAUAAAUGUAUUACUUAAUUCUAACUUUGAGAUGCAUUUGGUCCAAAAGUGGAAAUUUCUUAACAAUCAUGAGGUGACAAUGCCAAUUUACAGUUUGUAGAUAGAAUUUACUUCCUAGAUGACUUGUUGUAUAGGAACAGCAACAUACCGUCAGCUCGCUAUUUGUUUUCGUCUGUUUGUAUAGGAACAAUACUUUUUUUGAUAUUGUAUUGCUGAAUUAUGUUGUGAAAUAAACUGAACCAUUCCUUAUA